AUAUUAUACAUGAGUAAGAUAUAUUAUGACAAAUUUGGUAGAUUUCAUUGUGAAAGACACAAUGAAAUUUGAUAAGUGGGAUAUAAUUUUUUUUACAACAUUUUAGUCCUCAUUUGUUAUAUCAGUUGUGACGCGAGGUUAGAGUUCAAGGAAAAAAAUAACUAACUAACAUGUUGCCAUUUUUACACAUUUGAAAAAAAAAAUUCAUCAGACUUAUAUGUGAGCCAAUUAUACUUUGACGACGAAGGUGGUAUUUACCCUAUAUAGUAAUAUUACCGGAGUAUUUUAUAAAGUGAGUCUCAGUCAUAAGGCUUUAAUUGCAAAGGGAGAAGUAGCUUAGCUUAACAACCAAAAAGGAAAUGUACUAGAAAUUUAAAAGUCGUUAAGGGAGUUGUGUGACCGAUUUAUGAGUCGUGUACACUGGUGCAAUGCAAUCAGCGAUGUGGCGUUUCUCGUAGUCUUUCUUCUUUGUUUGUUUCACUGUCUUAGUAUUACUAUUACUAUCACUAUUGGAGGAGAAAGGAGCUAUAUGGAUAACCACCAAGAUCAAGGACACGAGGGUCGUGCAUGUAGAUGUAGCGAAUGUCGAUGGCCUUCCCCUAAUCCAAAUCCAUGUCCCAAAAAAAGUCUUUCUCACAAGAACAAAUGUGGAACCAUUGAAGGUUACGAACUGUCAACUUCAGAGCGCCAAACCCAUUCCAAUGCUUCAGAGUCGGAUGAUGAUGAACACCUUUCUGAUGAUGAUCCCCACUCACAAGGUCCAAACUCCUUAGACCCUGGCAACAAUGAGAAACUCAAUGUUGGAACCAGAAAAUUUUUAUCUAGUUCAGGUGAUGAGUUGUUUCUAGAUGCAAUUGCAAACUUUUCAGAUGGUGCACCAAGUCCAGGAAGUAAGGAACCUUUGCGAGAUAGCCAUGAGUGGGCUCGUGAUGUGGAAAUAGGCAAUAUAAAAUAUCAAGAAUUUUCUUCAGGGUCUUCUGAUUUUAAUGAUAUAAAUCAGUUCAAUGUCAAAGGCCAAAUGCAGGAACAUAGUAUUUUGCAAAGGGAAAGGGUCAAGGAAGGAAACAUGCUGGAGAUGCAAGGUCAACUGUCAGGUUCUCAUGUUCAUCCACCAUCAUCAAGUUCCAUCACAGAUUUGAGGACCAUUGAGCGUAUUGAUGAUUGUUUUGGUUUGUCAAGUGACUCAAAUCCCAGCAAAGCUGAAGCCACACCAGAUAUGAUGCUAGAAAAUAAGAUCCAUACUGGUGAAAAUGUGAGGCCAUGCAGUUUGGCAUCUGUUGCAAAGGAGACUAAUUUGAAAGAAAAUGACGAGACUAAAUCAGACUCGGACAUGUUUGACAUUUCGAUCUUUUCUGACAAUGCUGUUAGUGACAGAAUAGCACUUAGUGAUGUGGUUAACUCGGAUUCUCAAGUGGCUAGAGGAGCUUUUAAUCUGGAAGAAAAGAACAAUGCUGAUCUCCUUUCUUUGAUGCUCCAAGAGGAACUUUCUCUUGAAGUAAAUUCUACCAUUUCAAGCACAAACACUUCCACAAACAGUGUUCAAGUAAAUUCUGCACAUACGAUACAGUUUGCUACUUCUGGCGAUGCCAAGACGUUGCAGGAAAUGGGAGAAGAAAAUGUUAACAUGUUUACAAGUCCUGUGUGUGAUGAUAGUGCUGAUGUGGCACAUCCCCAAAAUGAGUGUGCUGAUUUUAAAGAUCAUAAAGGAGUGUUACCACAGAAUCCCUUAAGCCCACCCUCAUCUGAAGCAGGGAAGCCAAAGCAAGAUGACUUGAAGGAUUCUGAUGAUGAGGAAAAUUAUUUUCAUAUAAACCAAAAUCAUUUGAGUGGAAAAAGACAGGUCCUUCCUCCAGAUGGACGUGUUCUGGAUAGCAGCAUGAAGGAGCAGGAAAGCUGGGAGAUUGUGGCUGAAGAAAUGCAUGCUGAAGAGAGCAUUGGAGUUUCUUCUGUGAAUUUCAUGACAGAAAAUGAUAAAGCAUCAGAUGAAAUUGGAAUCUCUAUGAAUCGUAUGAAAUUAGAGAUGUAUGAAAAUUAUAUGGGUGCUACUCACUUUUCUGACAAGCCAUCAAGUGGUGUAUAUAAAAGUGAUGACGUGGUUGAAAUGGAUAAAUUUGAAAAAUGCGAUAUAACUGAUGCUCAGUACACCGAAAGGCUCAUUGUGAAAGAUUCUUCAUUGCCUAAACCUGCUGGCAGUAAUUUUGAACGUUCCAUUCUUUCAGAAGCUGCAAUGGAUUUCUAUGCAAGGACACCGAAAGAUAUUGAGUGUGCAAAUAAAAGUUCACUAUCAGGUGCUCAAGAAGACAAUGAAGACAAUGAAAUCAAAAGCAGUUGCAGAGUAAACAAAGAAUGUAAUAGAUUCAUUAGUACUUCUACUGAUUCACGUCAAACACAAAAUGCAGAACUUCUAGUGAAGGCUGCAGAAGAGCCUGGUAGGAAUUCUUCGCUUUAUUCUUUAGAUGUUGAGCCUUCUGCUCAAUGUGUUUCUGUUGUUGGAGAAACUCAAGGAGAGCAUGGCAGGGAAGUGUAUGGAAUUACUGAUGUGCCUGUUCAAGAUCAAAGUGGUUUACCAUCCAACUUGAAUGACCCAAAGGCUGCAUCUGAAGGCCAACAACAUCCCAGUUCCACCUCUUCACAGGCUGGUUGGUUUCCCACUCUAACUCAAGCUAUUAAUGAGUCUCAAGGGAGAAAGAAGAAUGAAGAAAUAGUAGCUGAGAUAACAAACCGAAACAGUGAACAGAAAACACCUCCACAGAGUCCAUUGAGUGAAGCUGCCAACAGCAACAAGCUUGAGUCUCCAAAACUGGAAGAAAGUUCAAUAUUUGGAAAAAAUGGUGAAUCAGCUGCUGCAGCUAAAGCUGUGAAAGGAGAGGGUGAAAAAGGUUCGAACUCCUCUGCUGACAUCAGGCGAAAAAAUAAGAAAGUCAAGAGCAAACUCUAUUGCACGCCAUGUAUGUGCUGCUCAUCUGUAGAUUCUCCACCAAGAUAGAAUAUCCUGUUUCUCUCCACUCUCACUCUGGUUUUUGACUUUGACACACUGUUUGCGCUUACUAUCUGUUCUUUAGUUGUAUAUUUUGAGGAUCUUCGGUUGUUCUUUUACAUGUGACAUCUCAUUUCAUUCUGUUGUAUAAAUUUCGUAAUAAGGUUCUAGUUGAAGGCUACUGGGGAAGUGAAAUUAUAAA